AGCUGGAAAUACGCUUCCUAACUGACCUACUAACACAGAUCUGAGUCACUAGCCACAUUAAGAAUAUAACCAAGGUACCAAGGAAGACAGUCACUUGUAGGAAUUUCAUCAAGAUCCUAAGCCAAUGGAAAGGUUCGCACAUAUCUUGAACUAUGUGAUAGGAACUAAGACCAAACUCAUCGAGGUGGAAAAGAUUUCUUCUAUUCAAGUGGACUGAUUCAGUGUAGAGGUUGCUGCUGUUCCAGAACAUCAUUAUGGCUCACAGUUAAUGCCUUUGAAUUUACUGUCUGUUUCUGACAUUAAGAAUAUGCAAUCAGUCAAGCAAGACACUGACUCCAGUGAGUCAUACAGUGGAGAUGAUGCCUUGGUGCUUGCUGUGGCUUUACACAGAGCUAACAAAAAUCUUGUACCUCACAAAAUUUCAUCAUUUCCUUUCAAGACUAAAUCUACGUGCCGCAAAAAACGCGAAUUCAUCCCAGAGGAAAAGAAAGACACCAUUUACUGGGAGAGACGACGCAAAAACAAUGAAGCUGCCAAGCGCUCAAGAGAGAAGAGACGCAUUAAUGACAUGGUCCUUGAAAACAAGCUGAUGGCACUUGGAGAGGAAAAUGCCUCCCUUAAGGCAGAACUGCUGUCAUUAAAAAUGAAGUUUGGCUUAGUUAGCGCAUCAGCAUAUACCCAAGAAGUUCAAAAUGUAUCUAGUCCCCCCACGGUAAACCCCCACGAAGAGUUGAUAUCUCCCACUGCUAUCCAGAGUUUAUUCAAAAGAGAUCUUGUACAUGUCAAACACUUACCUCUCAUGUCUGAAACAUGGGCUGCAAGUCAAGCAAGCUUUACUGACUAUAGGACAGCAGAUUUUAAACAAGAACCAGAAGAAAACUCCACCUGGCAGGAAACUAGUACACCAUAUAAACUCUACAAAAAUUGUAAGGUUAGCCAUUUGUCUGAUGUCUACUCACAAGCAGCAUCAUUCAUGCAGACUGCCAGGUCAUCCAGUAAUUCGCCCAGGACCUCAGAUGAAAAUUCUUUAUGCAAAGCAUCAGAUGGUGAGGAUGAGCAGCAAGUCCCUAAGGGGUUGGUGCCUUCAGUAGUUGACCAAAAAAGCGUUAUUGUUUCUACUCACAAAGUGCCAGAUGUCAGUUCUUCAGCUUUACCACAUAAACUACGAAUCAAAUCAAGAACCAUCCAAAUUAAAAUGGAGCCAACUGACCCUGAAUAUGAGUCCUCUGGAAAGACUUCUUCUGCCAGCGUUUUAGAAGGAGUGUGUUUCCAGACCACCCAGAACUCCUCAGCAUACAUGCAGCCUUCCCACUGUCCUUUGUCGGUACAGGUGUCCAACAUGCAAGGCUGGAGCCGUGGGUCUGAUAGCAGUGUUUCUACACAGUGGCUGCCAGAAUAAACAAGUCUUAAGCUCAAUACUAGUUCAAAACCAUUGUAAGUUUCUAUGCACAGUCAUAUACUGAGGAUAUUUAUCCCUAAGUGUUGUCACCGUGUCAACAAAACUGACUUCUUUGACAAAAUUAAUCACAACAGAGAAAGAUUCUGAAACAAAGUUAGCCAAAAGCAUCAAUGCAUAGACUUUAUCAUAAAGAGAUGCCGAUAUUCAUAUCACAAUGAAUAAAAGGAAUGUUCGUAUGAUCUUGUUGUACUUUGGAUUUUAAGUAGUACUUGUGGCAUUGUUAACAUUGAUAUAGAGUAAAUUUUAAAAAACAAAAUGUUAAAUUUUUCCCAGACUGGUGAUUUUUUUUUGGAAAGCACAGUUCAUUAAAGUAUGCUAAGAGACGAUAUCUGUUCUGGUUUGAGGGGUUUAUUCAAUACUACACUUAGAGUUAAAUUAUUUGCCAUGUAUUGUUCUUGUUUAUUUGACAUAAACAAGAGCCUGACGUUCCUGUUGCUCAACCGGUGCAAAUCCAAAAUGUAGUUAGUUAUUGGCUGAACUAGAGCAGAGAAGAGCAGCAUGUUGCACUGAGUGGUUGGCUGAUACAGCUCUUUCUCACUCCACAUGACUUCACAUAGAAACACAGAGAUUGGGUAAACAAAAUUACUUCAGACGUAAUGAUCUAUUGUGAGACUAAAUGUUAUUUGUUCUAUGAUUACAUAGUUAUCAUAGAACUCCAACUCCACUCCAAGGAUUAAUUGAAUCCUUAAAUCUUCUGUGAGCUUCUGUGAUUUGACAUCUCUCUGAUGUAUAUAAAAGGAACAAAGAAUAAAACGCAAUUCAGACUUC